UAUUGAUCACCUCUUUGUUUACAUUCAGGGUCAUUCCAGAUUAUUCCUUAUUGCUCAUCGAUAUUCAGUUUCAGUUUGCUGGCAAUCACUAUAAUUAAAAAUGUAAAACACCUAAAACAUUAAUCACCACAUCUCCAUUGUUCGUCCACAUUUCACCCACAACAGAGCACAUGCAAGCAAACAACUUUGUGACCUAAGAAAUAUUCAGGGACCCAUAUAUAUUCAUAUAUUUAAAAAAACAACCACUUGUAUCUGGGUUAAACAAAAUGUCUGAACCCAACAAAGAUGACAAGAAGUCCAACCCACCAACUGUUCCAAUAGAUGCUGGACCCCCAUCAUCCCCUAGAUUGCCCAGCAUUCCAGAUGAGCUUCUCAACAUGGUUGGAGCAUCACCUCCAAGAUUUGUGAAUUUCGACCAGCUAAUGUCAGCAGCAGAUGGCAUUAAAAAUAUGAAACUUGCUCAUGAAAUCGCAGUCAACAAUGAUUUUGAAAUUCAUAAAGAGGAGGUUCCAUCAAAUAGUAUUGAAAAACAAGUUGCAGAGACUGUUAAACGAGCAUUCUGGGAUGCCUUCAAAGCAAAAAUGGACCAAGAUCCCCCUGACUACAGCAUGGCUUAUGCUACAAUCAAAGAAGCCAAAGAGACUCUUUUAGGUAUCCUCCUGCCUCAGCACCUGCGUCUUAAAGAUCAGAUUAAUGAGGUUCUAGAUUUGGAUUUAAUACAUCAGCAAAUGACAAAUGGGGCAUUUAACUUUGAAUACUACUGCAAGUAUGUGACAGACACUAUGGCAAGGUUGUGUGCCCCAGCUAGAGAUGAAAAAAUUGCAGAGAUCAGAGCCAUCACUGAUGUUGUGCCCAAGUUUAAGGCCAUCAUGGAAACACUGGAGUUGAUGAGGAGAGACAUGGCCAACUUCACCAUCAAGCAGAUCCGACCCUACAUCCAACAAAACUCCAUCGAAUAUGAGAGGAAAAAAUUUUCUGAGUAUUUUGAGACACAAAAAGCCAUGGGUGUUAAUGCCCUGCAGUAUACAGAAGUCUGGUUGAAAAGAAACUAUGAUAAAAUGGUCCUGAAUGGAACAGCUCCCGGUGCUUCUGGUGCUAGUUCUGUGCCCACCCCCGCUAACAUCAUGAGCGAAGCUUACAUGGAAGUAUUUGACUGGCCUGAUCCUAAUAACUUCCCUGAGACCCUUAUGAUGGACCAGCUCCGUUUCAUGGCUCUGAGAGACAAGCUUCACACCCUGGCCUUGAUAACCUCAGUCCAGCUGCUGACCUACAGUGUGGUGGGGCCGUCCAUUGAAGGCGUGGAAGAUCUCAAGCGACAGAUGAAGGAACACGUGGAGCUGCUGCUACAGGAUGUGGGACAGAAGGGCAUCAAGCCAGUGCUAGAGUCUAUAGCAGAGCAGGUGGUGAAAGAUGUGGGCACUAGCCUGGCUAAUCGUAGCUUACCUCCCCUGCCAGAGUCCUCAAAACAGGCCUUGAAAGGACAGAUAAUGAGCCUUGGCUCAAGGGACAACACUGUCAGAAAAAUUAUGAGCACUCGGCUUAUGGAGUUUAUCCGAGAUGGGAUGCUGGGUAAACACGUCAACAACCUGAGGGUCCCCAAAGGGUGCACGGCUGUACAGCAGGAGCUCUCCCAGAUCCUGGGAAACUUCCUGCGACUCACGUCCCACAACCGCUCAGUAUUUGGAGAACAGUACUCUCAGAUUCUGGAGAAAUUCAUGCACAGGGCCGGCAAUGGAAUCUCUCCCAGUGUUAGCCCAAGGGACAUUGAUGCCUAGGUGAUCAGGCAGCAUCAUGUCAGCUAUCCUAGUGGCAUGUGCAGGGUAAGUUGUGGCAGCUUAACAUUGUCAUACAGCAGUCAUCCAGUGGCCAGAUUAAAUUCUAAAUAAAUUGCCAAAAUGGCAUAUUUAAUCAUUUCCACAUUAUUUUAUGCCCUGGAUAGAAGAAAAAUUUGAAAUCCCUCUUUUUUAAGAAACCUCCUGUGCAUGAUUACUUAAAUUUCAAUUUACAUGUAAAUUUUAAUUAUUCUUUAAAAAAAAAGCUGCUUGCAUUUGUUUUAUGACUUACAGCAAUGUGAAUCUACUGCUAAAUGAUACUGUUGGCAAUCUCUUU